AUGAAAACAAUAAUUCUAUUGAUUGCUUAUGCUUUUAAAUUAUUAAUUGUAAGAGCUAUUGAUGUUUUACCAAUUCAAAUAUAAAAUAGUGCCCUAUUUAUAAAAGAAACAAACUCUGUAAUUUAUAAGGCCUCAAGUGAUUCUACUUACAGGUAUAGUACAUUUGAUACCUAAGGAAUAAUUACAGCUACUUAUAUGUUAAAUGGAAUAAGGGAUAUUGAACCGGGUACCAGAUAUUUUAUCGAUAAUAUAUUAUUGAUUUAGGUCUAAUGGUAUCUGGCUAAACAGGGUAUGUAAAAAUUCUUGUUGAAUAUUAGAAAACUGGUCCAAGCUGUCUUAAUACUAGAAUUAUCUAAGAAAUGUUGCAGAUAAUCGCCUGUUUACGAAUGGAACAAUAUAUCAAAUACAGAUUUCAUUUCUUAGCACUAUUACCUUACUAAAGUAGAAACCACAAAUUCAAUAUUUAAAGAUGUAUAUUCAGUAUAACUAAAUAAUCCAAUACACUAUGAUUAACUUCUUGUUUCUGAUAUCUCAUUUAUUGUAGCUUAUGAUUUCUAAUAAAAUGCUUUUAGAUAUUUUGAUGUGUAAAAUUUAUCAGAGUUAUAAUCAACAGGAGUAACUUUGCCUUUUAUUGAUUAACAUACCUUUUUGUAAUAUAAGAACACAAUUUUUAUUGGUACUUCUUAAUAUGUUUUAACAUAUAUCUCUUCAUCAAAUAAAGUUAAAAUUUCUUUAAGUGAGAAUACGUCAUAAUACUCAUACUCACUACCUAACUACCAUAUUUUUUUAUAUGCUAUUUCAUAUUCCUUCACGUAUUAGGUUUUUUAAGGGAGUGAUCAAAAAUUAGUAAAUAUUAAAUAAACUCAUAAUUUUUGUGAUCCUAGUUGUAUAAGAUGUAAUUCAAUAACUGCCUGCAAUUUGUGCUCAUCACCUCUUUACUUAGAUAGUCAAUUUUAAUGUGUUUUUACAUGCCCUAAUUAAUUUGUUCCAAGUAAUUCAAACAUUAAUUGCGUUUGCAGGUCUAAUAGUACAUUACAAAACUAAAGUUGCCCCUGUAACACAUCAUAUGUUGAUAUUAAUGGAAAUUGCCUACCUUGCCCAUAAUACUGUAACACAUGUACCUCUUAAACAACUUGCUCUAAUUGUCAAAACGGGUAUUUACUUUCAACAGAUGGUACCUGUGUUUCUACUUGCCCAACUAAUUUUAUCCCAGAUUAAACUAACACAUAUUGUGUUUGCCGUUUAAAUAGCACUUAAUCAAACUAAAGUUGCCCCUGUAACACAUCAUAUGUUGAUAUUAAUGGAAAUUGCCUACCAUGCCCAUAAUACUGUAAGACAUGUACCUCUUAAACAACUUGCUCUAUUUGUCAAACAGGGUAUUUACUUGCAGCAAAUGGUACCUGUGUUUCUACUUGCCCAACUAAUUUUAUCUCAGAUUAAACUAACACAUAUUGUGUUUGUCGUUUAAAUAGCACUUAAUCAAACUAAAGUUGCCCCUGUAACACAUCAUAUGUAGAUAUUAAUGGAAAUUGCCUACCUUGCCCAUAAUACUGUAACACAUGUACCUCUUAAACAACUUGCUCUAUUUGUCAAACAGGGUAUUUACUUGCAGCAAAUAGUACCUGUGUUUCUACUUGCCCAACUAAUUUUAUCCCAAAUUAAACUAACACAUAUUGUGUUUGCCGUUUAAAUAGCACUUAAUCAAAUUUGCAAUGCCCAUGCAAUACAGGUUACAUAGAUGUAAAUGGUGAUUGUAAAUCAUGUCCAUCAAAUUGUGAUGUAUGUACAAGCUAAACAGUUUGUUUUCAGUGUUCUAUAAAUUAUUAUUUGACAGUAUAAUAAACUUGUGUUUUUCCUUGUCCUUAGACAUUCAUAAUUGAUUCUGCUUCAAAAAAAUGUGUUUGUGGUGCAAAUAGGACAUUAUAAAAUAAUUUAUGUCCCUGCAAUUCUUCAUAUGUAGAUAUUAAUGGUGACUGUUAACCAUGUUCUUCUAAUUGCUUAUUAUGCACUUCAUAAACAUCAUGCACAAUUUGCUAAUAGAGUCAUUACUUAACAUCUGAGAUGACUUGUGUAGCAUAAUGCCCAUUAACAUUUGUAGUAAAUGCAAAUCAAACCAAAUGUAUAUGCGAUACAAAUAGAACAUUAACAAACAAUAAAUGCGUUUGUAAUAGUGGUUUUAUAGAAAUUGAUGGUAUUUGCUAAUCAUGUCCACAAAAUUGUAGUACUUGCUCGUCACAAAAAAUAUGUACAGUUUGUUAGAUAGGGUAUUAUUUAACUGCAGAUGGUAUUUGUACCUAAUCUUGUCCAUUAAAAUUUAUUGUAAAUUCUACUUAAACUAAAUGUGUUUGUGAUAUAAAUAGAACUUUAACAAGUAAUUUAUGCCUUUGUAGUGAAACAUUCAUUGAAGUUGAUGGUAUAUGCUAGCUAUGUCCAUAAAAUUCAACUAAUGUAUUACAUGCCAAGAUGGAUGCAUUCAAUGUACUAGCCCAUCUCCAUCUGAUUGUUUGUAAUACUCUAAUUGUGGUUAAUAAUUUAAAUAUGACUUCUUAUCAUAAACCUGUAUAUAAUGUUUAUGGGAUUUUUAAGCAAGAAAAUGUGUAGAUACUUGUAAAAAUUAAUAAUUUUAUGAUUCAUAAAAAUAACUUUGCUCAUAAUGUUUUUAUCAUGAUGGAAAAUGCUAAAGUAAAUGUCCUAAUGGUUUUUACUCUGACAAUACUUUUUAAUGUUAAUAGUGUAAUUCACAAUGUAAAUCAUGUAAUGGGCCUAAUAGUAAUCAAUGUACUAGCUGUGAAUUACCACUUAUUUUAUAAGAUGACAGUAGUUGUUCUAUCUGUAAAUUAGGAGAAUUCUUAGAUUAAUAAUAAAAGAUUUGUAAAAAAUGCAAUGUCAACUGCCUAACCUGCUUUGGACCGAAUUCAAAUAACUGUUUAUCUUGCAUACAAGAUUAAGUUCUAUCAAAAGAUAAUAAAAAGUGCUUGA